AUGGUAACAAUCACAAAUUUGAUUCCAUUUCAUGAAAUACUCAUUGAAACGACGGUGACCAAUGAAGUUUGCAUUGCGAAGAGCUGGAUACUCCACGUACUAUCAGAAAACCAAGAAGAUCCACCGGUGAUCAUCUCUCUGAACUCCAAGACAAACCCUCAAGAUGGUGCAAAGGCCGCUACCGUUCAGUUAUGCAUCAAAAACAAAUGUCUCAUACUCCAACUCCUUCAUGUGAACCAAAACACCAACCUCGAAGAAUGUUUUGGUGAUCUAUUUCGCGAUGAGAAAUUUGUUUUUGUGGGUAUAGGUAUUGCGGUAACGGCCAAGAAGCUGAACGGUCUAGUCACUGUUGUUAAGAAAGUUGAUGUUCGUGACCUGGUAAAGGUUAAUUAUCCUAUUAGUUAUGGUGUGAGAUCAAGGCUUAGCUUGAAGGCAAUGGCUAGUGAGUUGUUGGGUUUUGGUUCGUGGAAACCGAAAAGGCAGAUCUGUCCGAGAGAUUUGGCUAGGAGAGUUCUUGAUGAAGAGGUGAUUAAGUUUUUGUCCAUUGAUGCUUAUGUGUCUUAUGAAAUUGGGUUUAAGAUGCUUACACAAUAA